CUGAUGGGCUCCUGACACCUAACAGACCGUGACAGUCCAUAAGAUCCUGCCUAACUGGACUUCCUUUGAUGUCGCAUUUAUUUUGAUACUUUUUCGUUGUUAAGGUUUUCGCUUUCGUGAGUAGCUUUCUUAAGGAAUACGAUUAGACAGCUAUGGCGACAGCUUCUGGAACUGAUGAAUGGUCUGUUCUGGAUAAAUGUGAGAGCGCAGUACCAUCAGGCGCAGUUCAGAUCAACGGUUACUCAAACUGGAACGACAGUAUUAUGGAUAAUCAACUCCAGAAAUCGGGACAACUGAGUUAUCAGUACCUCGUUAUGGAACAGCAGAUCUCUUCGACAUUGGAAAAUCUUGUAAAAAAAAUGCUUCCUGGACACGAACGUUAUACAAAAUUCAUUGUGAGGAAACCUUCGCAGGUUUCUGCGACUGAACGUUUUGAGAAGGCAUACCAACGAUGGCAGGCUACAAAGGAGGCCGCUCGUUUGGCCGAAGAAACCGCAGUGCAACAAGUGGAGAAAGCUGAGGGCCUUUUACGUUCAAUCCAGCUGUACCGGAAAAUGUUCGAUGUACUUAUGGAAAUUGCGGAGAAUGUCUCGGUAAGAAUCUCGUUUUUGAUUUCCGCACCGCCAAGCGCCCCGCGAUCGCUGAACAUCAAUACAGGAAAGAAUGGCCUUCUGUCAUCACAGGCUACCUCUGCCAGACCUGUGUCAUUUUACAAGGGACAACCGCCAACUGGCAAACGCAAAACCAUGAAACCGAAGGUUCCUUUGAAACCAGAGUAUCGUCCAAUUGAGGAGGCGGAGUUCCAAAAUGUUUCCGAGAUGGUUCGUGGGAAGGUUAAGCUGAGUGACGUAAAUAUGGCCUAUCAAGUGCUGUACCAGGCUUUCUGCGACGAAGAACUCCCUCAAAUUAAAUUGUCGGAGCUAGCGAAGCGCGGCAUUGGUGUGUCUGGCAGAACGGAAAUGGCGAAGUUGAAGGUCCUUCGUCAACUAGGCCGAAUCGUGCUGUCCAGUGAUCUGCAAUUCAUCACUCCUGGAAAUUUGUGAACUUCAGAAUGCCGUUAAUUAACGGUGUUUUGGAUUUUUUUAAAAACGGGCAUGGUCAGCGUGGGAGCUCCGAAUCUGCGAUUUGGUUGUCCCUCUUAAAUUUUAAUGUUGUGUCGGCUUUAUUUUAAUGCUGUUGUCCGCAAGCAAAACAGCCGCGCGUUAUGAUAGUUGCGCAAGCCGGAAGGAAUACUAAGGACACAUCAUAGCCCGAAAAGUUUUUUGCAAGUUAUAUAUUGGCGUUCUUGAUUCAUUUAAAAUUUAGUGUGCUUUGCAGGAUAAAUGGCUUGAUUUGGCACAUUUAUGCUACAUAUAAGCUAUUCGCUGACUUCUGAUUAAAAUCAUUAAA